AUGAAUUUGUAGGAAUAAGAGAAAGCAUAAACAUUUGAAUAAGAACUUGUUUUAUAAAGGAGUAGCAAUUCAAAUAAUGAAUAUAAAAGCAAAAAAAUGGAUAAAGAUUCUUGUAAUUAUGACUAGAUAAGUGAGGAUAUAAAAUUACUAGAUCAUCUUUUGAAUAAAAAUGAACCCUAUGUAGGCUAAAAAAAUGAAGAUAGCAGUAAAUAAAUCAAUCGAAUUUAAACUAAAUCGCUUGAUUAGCCAACAGGUUAGAAUACAUAGCCAACAGGUUUGUAUAUAUAGCAAACAGGUUAGAAUAUAUAGACCUAAGAUAAAUUUGAAAACUAGUAAGAUGAAGAGGCAGAUGUCACUUCUAAUGGACUAAUGGAUGAACAAAAAUAAGACAAAAAAUAAAUGAAUUCAAUCAAAAAGUUUAAAUAGUUCAACAAAAAAACAUUUAAAAAAACAGCCAAGCUCUAAAAAAGCAUUUAUGAUAUCCUGUUUAAAAGAAAAUUAUUCAGAAUAAUUUUAUUGUUAGCAAUUGAAGUUGUUGCUAUAGGACUAUUUAUAGUUUUCUUUAAUGGUUUAGGUUAUAGUAGAGGUUAGAUUUAAAUUUAAGAAAGUGAUCAAAUAGAAAUUCAAUUAAAUAGGUGUGUUAUCAAAAUUAUUGACCAUAAUAAAAAAGAUAAGAAUGACUACCUUUCAAGAACAUAUCUACCUGCUUAGAUUGACGGAAACAUACUGAUGGUCUAUUCGUUUCCUACUCCAUAGCCUUACUAAAAAAAUUACUCAUUUUCUUAAUCAAACUCAUAAAAGAGGUUUACACUUAAUAAUAAUGCAAAUUAUAAAUCAUGUGAAAUUGCAUUUUAUGACUUUUCAUUUUUGACUUUCUAAGGAAAUUUUGAAGUUAACAACUUCUAAUUUUCAAAAGCUUCUGUAGAAACUUCGGAGGGUGAUAUAAUUAUACAAUCUUUAUAGAGUAUUACUGCAACUGUAUAGCUAACCAAUAAAUAUUAUUGUGUCUCAACAUAUUCUUCAACUCCUAUAUAGAAUACUAUUACUAGUAAUCCAGCAAGCUGUACUCCUGUAUUUCCCUACGGAACAACUGAUUUUGAUCCUAAAAACAUGAUAGCUGAGAGAUGUAUUUCAGGUUCAAUUACUAUUCCUUCUAAUAUAGGAGGAAAUCAAAACCUCAUAGCAAAGAAUACAUUUGGUAACCUUUUCAUAAAUGUACUUUAAAAAGUAGGGUAAGCAGCAGACUAGAUCCUCAAUGCAUAGUAUGUUUAUGAUCAAACUAUUUAUGGAAAGAAUGGAGAUUCAAUAUCAUUUUCCAAUAAUUCAUAGAGCAGAUUGAAUAGCUAGAUGGAAUCAGCAAGUAAUCCAAAUGUAUAUGAUCCAAUCUUUGUUAUGAGGUUUGGUUCCUCAUAAAUAGAGUCUAAUACUUACUAAUAAUGGCAAAUAACAUACAAUCCAGCUUAUUCAUACUUUAAACCUUAUUGGUUAGGGGCAUUGUCAGUAAAUCUUCUUAAUUCUUAAAAAUAUUAAGAUUAAUAUUUUCUCGCACCAGGAUUUUGUCCAUAUGUAAAUUCAUUGAGCUAAAAGAGACUUAAUGCAGUUAAAGAAUUGCUAAAAUCAUAGUUUAAAUCAUAGUAAAAUUCUGCAUAUUUCAUUUAUUCUCUAGCUUGGUAAUCUUCAAUCAGCUUGCCACCAAUCGAAUUUACGUAAACUGAUACAUAUAGUAGUUUAAGAGAUAUAUCUCUUAGUGAUAAUUAUGUGGACGAUUGGAUUGAUUUUAAUAAAAAUAGUGAUGGCAAUAUUUCUACAACUUAUUUGAAUGUAUCAUAAAGCGGAGCAUUAGAAGCAGCAAUAAUAGUUAGCUUUAUAUUAUCAUCCAUAGUAGGAUUAAUCCUAAUGAUCGCAAUAGUUUACAUAAUAAAUGUUAACUACAUCUAUUUACUCAAUCACAUAUCUAACAUAGAUACCUAUUCCUAGAUUUUAAAUAAUCAAUAAAAUCAAAAUGAAAAAGGAAUAGAUAGUAGUGAAGAUCUUGAAGAACAAAAAGAAGAAGAAUCUUCAGUCCAAAUUAAUGAAAAAGCUUCUGAUGAUAUUAUCCAUAAUUUAGAGAAAGAUUCAAUAGUAGGAUCUGAGUUGAAAGGACUGUAUGAAAAAUACUGUUAUCUAAAUUAGGUGCUUGAAAGAAAAUUAGAUGAUGAAGACAGUGUUAUUUACCUAUAAAAAAGAGGUUUUAAGAUAAUGAAUAAAUAUGAUGCUUUAAUUCAGUCUUAUUCUUAUAUUAAAUAUAAUGGAAAAAUAGCAUCUAUCUCUGAUACUUAAAAUAAAAAUUCUUUAUAGCUCUUUAUAGAAUCUUCAUGCACUCUUACUAAAUUUCCGAAUGAUACAAUUGAUUCAAUAUCGUUUGACUAAUAUUACAACGAUUUUUGUGAGAUGAAUCAUAUUGCUAAAUAAACAAUUAGCGAAGGUUAAUUGUAAAGAGACUUUGGUGUUGAAACAAAAUAUGAUCCAUUAUAAGUGAUAGAGAGAGAUCCAAACUACGAUCUUAAAAAAAAUAAGACGAUGUAUAUUGUAGAUAAAAAUAGAGUUAAUAAUACCUUUAAGCUUCUACUUUCAAAGAAUCUGAAAGGAAAAUAAUUUAAAACAGAGGAAAUGGAAGAAGUUAAGAAAGAGUUAUUUUCUCCAGAUUUUUGGUGGUUUUAUGAUACUUUGACAGUUUUAGUUCACUUAGGAUCAAUUAUUAUUUUGGGAUGUCCUUUUUUGAUCCUGUUAAUUUUUAUAAGAAUGCUUCAAUCCAAUUAUUCUUCAGUUCCUAUUUAGAGAUUAAUUUUCAGCUAUGAUAUUAUAGAAGAGCCCACAUCUAUCCCUUACAAACUAAUGUCUGAUACUGGUAUAGUUAUUGCAUUUACUAUUAUCUCUCUUAUUUUCUUAGGUCUUUCAUCACUUGAUUUAAUUCAUUAUUAUAUCUUCAUGACAAUCCCUUAAGAGAGGCAAUUUUAAAAUUAUAACUAAUCAAGCAAUAUCAGAAAAUAUGCUUCAAAGAUAAUGUGGGUAAUUAUUCUGUUUGUUUUAUAUGGUGUUGGUGUGUAUUUAAGUUUAAUCGGCACAUGGCUCAUCUUAGGUGCUAUUAUUAAUCCAAAUGCAUUCUUACCAUAUGCAACUUCAGCUGCUACUUUUCUUACUUUAGUUGCUAGAAAAUAUUAAAUUCUAAAGCAGAUAUUAGAUUAAGGAGUAAAACUUUUAACAGAUUACUUAAAAGGAUUAGCAGAGAAAUAGUUUAAAGAUAUGUUAAAAAAAUUAGAUAUUGGAGGUAAAAUAUAUUAAUUUAUCCCAACAGAUCAAGUAAAAUCACUAUGCUAAGAGGCAGCUAAUUAUGGUCUAAUAGAUCCAAAGCUCUCUGAAAAUAUAUAAGAUAAUUUAGAGAUUAUGGUUAGAGAUCCUGAGGCUGUUUCUCAUCUUGGUAAUGAGAUGCUGCAGAUUGCAUAAGAUCCUAAAUAAUAUGCAAUAAGUAUUAUGGGAAAAUUAGAAGAAAAGGCAAAGUAAUAGCUUGAAUAAUAACUUAAAUAAUACCUACCUAUCAUGGCUCAGAGUCUAACUUAGCUAAUUUUCACUAUUUUAAGCCGUUAAAAUACAAGAAUGAAGACAUAAUUAGUAACUGUUCUAUCAGACUUAAAUUUAGAAAUCUAAAACAAAUUUAAAGAAAAAGUUGAUAAGGAUUUGACAUAGAAACUAGAAAUUUUUUCAGGACCUAUCUUAAAAUUAUUAUUUGAAUUUUAAUCAUAAGACAACUAAUCUAGGUAAGAAAAGAUGGAUGCCAUUUUAUAAUAAGUAAGUUACUUAAUAUCAACUAUGGUUUUGUAAAAAUUCCCUUUCUCAAAAGAAAAUUAUAUUUAAAUUUAAUCAGAAGAUAAAAAUUUGAAAAACCAAACGAAUACUGAAAAAAAGAGUGGAGAAGUUUAUGACUAUAAACAACUAUAUCAAGAAAAACUUAAAAAAUUAAAUAAGCCUGAAGUUUAAAUAAAUUAGCAAACAGUCUAAAAAGCUUUACAAACUAUGUUUAAUGGAAUAUAUAAUAUUUUUAAUGAAGGCUAAAAAUAAAAUUUAGAAGGAGUUUUAAAAGAAUUCUUGAAAAUUUUGUAGGAAUUUUAAUCUAUGCCAGUUUAUCCUAAAUUAAAAGAAAUAUCUAAAUUUACUAGCCUAUUAAGCUUAGUAGUAGAGGUCUCUAUUAAUUAUAAAUAAUUGUCAAGAAGUGACAUUUUAAGAAUGCUUAAAAAGUUUAUUUAUGACUCUUAGAUAGAAGAUAAAUUUGAUGUUUGUAAAUUUAGUGUUAUUGACUUUUGUGACUUCCUUCUUUUAAUUAUUAGCUCAUUUAAUUAAGAGUAGAAGACUCCUGAUGUAAAUCAAAUGAGAGAAAUAUUUAUUUCUAUUUUUAAAGAAAGUCAAAAUGCAGAUAAAAUUGAUGUCAAAAAGCUGUCAUCAAUUGUUGUCUUCUUCAUUUUAGGAUUUAGAAGUAACUUACAAAAUAUACCAGUUGACGUGAUUAAAGAUAUAUUAGAAUGGGUUAGAGAAACAUGUAAAGAUGAUCUUAAGUUAAUUACAUUGAUUAAAUUUAUAUAGCUUGUUUUAGAUAAUAAAGAAAAUAGUAAAGGAAAUACAUAAUAAAAAAAGCUAGUACUAAUAUAAAAUUUACUGUGUUUACUUGAGAAAUUAUUUAACAAUAAGAUAGGUUAAAUAGAGAAUAUGCAGGUGGGUUCACAAAGAAUUUAUGGUGUAUCAAAAGAAUUUUAGAAUUUCUUUUUAAAAAUUAUAUUUUGUAAACAUGGAAAUUUUACAAAUUAAUCAGAUUGGGAAAGUCUUACACAAUUAAAUCAUUUUUAAAUUAUUUCUAAAAAAAUGAGGAUGUCCCCAGAAGAUUUAAUUGGUUUAAUAUAAUUUAUGCUCAACUAAAAUACAUUGCCAUAAUACUAAAGUUUUGUAAGAAUGAUUCUUAAUUAAUACAAGAUUUAAAGGAAAGCUUAAAAAAUAUUAAAUCAACUUAUUGUCUUUGUUUUGUCUACAGAUGAUUAUGAUCUUCACGAAGUUUUCAUUGAAUUAGAUAUUGAAGAUAAAAUAGAAUUUUUUUUUCUAGAAAAAAAUAAAAAAGAAAAAUUAGGAAAGAUAAAUUUUGAAGAUUUUAAAACGAUUCUAUAAUUUUUAAGAGGAAAAUAUGACUUUGAUCUAUUUGAGUUACAAAUUACCGAAAUAUUAAAAAAAUACUUCCCUGAAAAUACUUUUGAAAAAAAUAAAAGUGCUAAUAUCAUAAAUUUUAUCAAAAAUAUUAAAUUUAAAAAUUAAGCAUUUUCUUACAUGUUGAAUAAUAUAUAAAUUGGAUAAAUCACAUACUAAUAAAUUGCACAGCUGAUUAAACAUUUGUAAAUUGGAGAAGAAUAAGGAGUUGAUAGCAAAACAGCAAACUUAUUUGGAAAACUAAUAUCUUUGACAAAUUUAAAUAGUUUAAAUUUAACUUCAUCAUCCUCUGUUUUCAAAGAAUAAGUUUAAAACCUUGCCAACGUUAUUAACCUAGACGAGAAAGUAGUAUAGUCUUUUUUAUAAUUAGUAUUUUGCCCAGAUGAUAAACUAUUCGAGUAAUUUAAUGAUUGUUUUUAGAUGCAAAUAAGCGGCCUUAAUUAUAGUUAGUUUAUAAACCAUAUUGUAUUUAACGUGAAAGAAAUAGAUGAUUACUAAAAUUAACUUACCAAAAUAAACUAAACACUUUUCUAAAAUAAAAUUCCUGUACCUUUACUUAAGAGUAUAGUUGUAGACAUGUAGAUUCCAUAAAAUAUGGAAACUGUUUAAUUCUUGUUGCAGCUCACCAACUAAGAAAUCCCUAAAAGCAUUAACAGCUUUAUCAAGUUUGUAUUUAACUCUUAAAUGAAUUCAGAAAAAGAAGAAUUUAUUUCAUUAAUACUUUAAAGUUAAAAUAAUGUUACUGAAAAAAAUUACUUAGGUGUUUCAGGAUUAGUAAAUAUGUUUACAAACACUAAAAGCUCUGUCAAGCUUUAAAUUCUUCUUCAAUAUUUAGCUGACUCUGACAAUUAGUAUAUUUUAUUAAUAGCUUGUAUGUUUUGCUAUUUAGAGGGUAGAGCAGAAGGAAUAUUUAUUAAAAUAAAUGACAACUAAAGCAAUAAUAAAACCAAAUUAUAUCUUUCAAUUGAGCAAUACUUAUCAAGAUAAUUAGAGAUUAAAAUAGAAUUUUUUGAGGCAUUCCAAGCAAUUUUUUGUAGCAAUAUAAAAUAAUUUUCCUCAGCUCUUAUAAAACUUUUUAGAUAAAUUGAUUACCAAGAACAGAGAUUUAUAAAGGAAUUCAGUUAAUAAGGAAUUAAAGCAAAUUAAGUUGCUCCAGAUGGAAAAUCUAAUACAAAAACAUAGAUAUUUAUGGAAAUUGUAAAAAAUAAAACAGAAUUAUCCUUUUUAGAAGUGUAAAAAUAAUAAGAAAAUUUUGUAAAUAACGUCACUGUUUCUGAUAAAGAAGUUGAGCAAUACCUCAACUUAAAAAGAGGUUAAUCUAUAAAUACUUCCUUUUUUAGUAGAGAGCUCAAUAUCCCUCUUGACAUUGUGGAAUUGUUCUAGUAUAUUUAUUAAAUAAAAAGUGCUGAAGAUUAUUAAUCUAUAAAUAAAACAUUUGAAGAAAUGAAAAACAGCUCAUCAGUAAUUUCAGUCUUGAAAAACAUAAACUUAGAGUUAAAAGAUCUUAAAAAUUGCAUAAAAUUAUUUUAUAAAAUGAUUGAAAUAUAAGAAGUUCAAUAGCUUUAAGAAGCAUUUAAUUUGCCUUCUACUGUGAAUGUAGAAGCAUUACAGAAUCUUUUACUUCUCGAUUAAGAUUUUGAUGAUUUUGCAAAUAUUGAAGACAAUAGAAAGUUAUUAUAUAAUUCUUUAAACUAAAAUACAAUAAAUUAAAAGUUUGAAAUAAAACCAUAUUGGUCUUCUUUUGUUUUAUGCUUAACUAAAAAUUUUGUUUUACUUGAAGCUUUUGCUAAUAAAAACACUUUACUCCAGCUAGCAACUGGUAAAAACCCAUAGUUAAUAUCUAUUUUCUAAGGUUUUAUAGGGGUCAUUUAGAAGAGAAGUUGUGAAUUACCAAUCGAUAAAAUAUAUUAGAGUAUUUACUUGCUCUAUCAGUAAGAAAUUUUAGUUAAGAAUAAAGAAAAAUCAAAAAAUUAAGAUUAUGAAGAAUAUUUUGAAUCAGAAAAUAAAAGUGCAUCUGCUAUCCAAAUAGAAAAAUCAAAUAAAUUUGAAUAUGCAAUGUAUUUACUAUAUAAAGAGCUUCAGUUAAGUCCAGUUUGGAUUUUACUAAUGUCUGGAGAUGUUUGUGCUUGGGACGAAUACAUUUUAAGAUAUUACUACACUUACAAAUUUGAUACAAAUUAUUAAAAUAAUCCAGCAAUAUCUCUCAUCUUAAUUCUUCAACUAAGAUAAACAGCAACUAUUGUAAAAGAAUUUAUCUCCUACCUUGAGUAUUACAUACAAAUAUAUAAGACGUAUUCUGAGAAAGGUGAAACCUAAAAAUUCAUUGAGGUUGGAAAAAAAAUUAUUUAAUACUUAGGAUAAUAUUUAUACAAUUUAAUUACCAUAGAUGCCCACAAAGUAACUGAGCUUGCAUAGGCUUGUUAAUUUCCUUAGGUUAUAUUACAUCGUUUAGCAGAAGAAGAAUUUAAUACAAUUACAGAUGAAAAAGAGAAAGAGUAGUACUAAAAGGAUGAUAUUAAUAAAUUAUUUGAAAGAGCAGCUCGAAUUUAUAAGGAUUAAAUUAAGAAGUAGAAUUAUUAUGACUUUAUUUAUGAUUUAUAUUUUAAUGUUGAUAAAUUGUGCUUUAAAUAACCUUAAAGUACUAAAAAUGCAAAUUAAACUACUCACUUCUCAUAAAGUCUAUAAUAAGAUGGAAUUAUCUAACUCCUUCUUAUAAGCACAUUGACAUAGUUACAGGAUAGUAGAAAGUUUUUAUUUUCAUUUAAUGAUAAAGGAUGUGAUCAUUAUAAUUAAGUCAGCUAUGAAAUUGAUUUUCUAUUAACAACUUUUGAUAUCUUUUAUUUUAUGAAGUUGGAUAAUCCUAACUUUUAAAAAUUCUACAUGCAUCCAAUUAUAGGCUUAUGCUGUGGAUUUAAUUUAGAUGGCUAUGAGAUAUUAUCUCAUUCUCCUGUAAAGCCAAUAGCUAAUUCAGAUUUUAUUAAAGAACUUGAAAAUCAUGAUGAUAAAGAAAAAUUAAAAAUUUAAUAAAUUGAAAGUAUAUUUUAGGAUUUUGGUUAGAUAAUUUAAAAAAUAGCAAAAGAAGCUCCAUCACUAAUUCUUAAAAAACCUAAUAAUGAACCUAAAGAAUAAAAGAUAAAGAAAUUUAGCUCAAACUUUUUCUCAAUCUUAAACUAUUCUGAAUAACCUGAUAAAUGGAGAUAAUGUAUGAAUAGGCUAAUAGAAGAGUUUGAUUCUUUUAUUGAAUCAUAAUAUACGACUGAUCGUACAGAGAAUUUUUUUUAUUUAAAUUCUCAUAAAUCAGAUUAGUAAAAGGAAUUUUAUGGGUAAUUAGGAGAUAAAGUAUCAAAAGAAGAAAAAUCAUAUUUAGAGUUUGUAGAAUCCCCUAACGCUCAAACUCUUUUGGGAUUUUUUAAAUAAGAUUACGAGUGCUUAUUUAACAAUAGCAUAAUGAUACAAUACUAUCAAGAAGAUCUAAAACUAUUUGUAAACAUACUUUAGCUAUCAGGAUCACUUUGGUCUUCGUUUGCUAAACAUACUGAUAAAGAAAAAUUUACUAUAUAAAUUUCUUAAGCCACCUAAUUUAUGAAUAGCAAUAAAAAAUCUUUAUUAUAAAUUGCUUCCUUGUUAUUUGACGGAAUUGAUAAUGAUUUAUCUACUAUCUGUGAAAGCAUGAACAUAAGUCCAAAGCUGUUAAAAAUUUUUUCUAAAGUUUUUUUGGAUAAAUACUAUACUGAAAUCUAGGAUUUUGAAAACCUUCUGUCUCUAACUAAGUAUUCUGAAACGAAUAAAAAGGUAAUUAGGAAUAUAAUACAUAUAUAUAGUGGUUAGCUUGACACAAUGUUGGAUAUCACAAAAUUCUCUCCUCUAUUUCAAUAUUCACAAUGUUAUUAAAUUUUUUAUUAGAUGCUUUACUCUUUUGAUAUAUGGAGUAUUCUAAGCUAAAAAACUGAUCCUUGUAAGAUUAAUAUAACAGAAUAAGUUUUUCUUUCACCAGAUAGAGAGGAAAAUAAAUUUAUGCUAUAAAAAAUUGUUUUCAAAUUGUGUAAAGAGGUUAUGAAAGAAUAAGUAAAAAGAGCCAAAGAUAAUAAUGAUCAAUCAUUUGUAAAAAAAUAUUCUCACCUUCUUGAAGAAGGAAAAAAUAAAGAAAAAAACGAAUUUGUGAUAGAAGCAAUAAAUUGCAUUAUUGAUAAUUCUUGGAAGUUCUUAUUUAACUAAAAAGAAGAGUUGAUAAACUAAUUCAUGAAUUAUACGUUCAAUAUAUCUGAAAGCUAAGUUAAGCUUUUAAAGAUUUUGUGCAUAUUUAAACCUAAUUUACAUUAAUUGCAGCAGAAAGAAAUCAACAAAGUUAUUAAGGAUCCACCUAUCGAAAAUGGAUUUGAGAUUCUUUAGUAAUUUGGACUUAUUGAAAAAAAUAUAAGAAAAGAAUAUUUUGAUUUAAUACUUGGAAUAACUAGUGAUAGAGGAUUUUUAGCUAUAGAUGCUCUAAUACAACUUUAAGAUGCUGCACAAUUUUUUGGAAAAAAUAAUCAGGAAGGUAGUAAUUCAGAAUAAUUGAAAAAGAAAUUUUAAAACAUACAAACUAGUUUGAUUCUAAGAUCUUUAUAUCUAUGGAAAAAAAUGUCAGCAACAAACUUUAAUCAUGAGAAACUUAAAUCUCCUGAAGUUUUAAAACCACUAGCAUAUACCAUAACAUUUUUAACUGCACAUGUCAUAGAUUUAUUAGAGUCAAAAUCUAAUGUAUUGAAUAAUAAUACUAUUUCAGUUUCUUUAGAUAACGAAGAUAUAAAUUAUAAAAAUCUAAUUGAACAAUUCAAUUCGUUUUUAAAGUAUAAAUCUUAAAAUAUGUCUUUUUUAGAUGAUUUAGAAGUUAUUAAAGCUUCUGAUAAAACUUCAGUAGCAAAUAUUUGUUUAAGUUUUAGCAUUUUAAAAAAUUUACCAGAAUCCGAUAUUUCUUGUUUUAUUUCAAGAUUUUUCUCAACGGAUAUCUAUGAAAUAAUUGGAAGCACGCACGCUGUCCCAUAGUUUAUGUUAAGCAUCCUCGGAUUUUUCAUUUCAGGAAUAAAAUCUGAAAAGAAAUUAGAGGACUACUUUCAAAACGCUGAUGCUAUAGAAAAAGAAAAAGAAAAUAGAUUUAUUUUCUAAUUAUUAUAAUAAAAUGGAAAAUUCACUGAAACUUCAAAAAAUUUUGCAUAGUUUUUCUAUCAUUUUACUAAAAUUAUACUAAUUUAUUAAUUAUAGAUUAGCUAAGAGGAAAAAAAUAAAUAACUACUUGAAGAAUUUAAAUAAUUUUGCUAAAAUUGUUUCAGCAUAGUCACUGGAAAAGAAAUGCCAUAAUUUAUAAUUAGUUCUAUUAGUGCUUUAAGAAAAAAAAAAUAAAAAUAAGUUGAUGUUAUUGUGAAGGAUUUGAUUAUUUUUUUAGUGGAAGAGACUAACUUGAAAGACUAUUUAGAAAUAAAAAAUGAAGAUAAAUAAAUUAGUUAGCAAUUUUAUUUAAUAUUUAAAAUGCUUUCUACUAUAUUUAAUCGUCCUGUUAUAAGUUUGUAAGAUUAAACUGUAGUUUAAAAUCUUAGCUUACUAAUUCAAGUUUCUGGAGAGGAAUUUAUUAGUUAAGAGUAGGUAUAAAGUUUGGUUGGGCUUCUUUAAGGAGAUAUUUCAAAAAUAUUUAAUUUAAUUAGCUAGUUUAAUCUAUUAAAUUAGAAUGAUAUGAAAACAAUAUAAGAAUUUGUUACUAUGACUUAAAAAUUAGCAGUCUUUUCAAAUCGUAGCUCUCUAGAACAAAUUAAAGCAACUCCUUAAUAAGUUAUAGAUGACUAAACAAAAGAUAUUCUAAAAAGGCUGAAUGAAGGAAAAAUAAGUAUUUAGGAUAUUUUUAGAUCUUUAGUAAACUAAGAAGGUUAAAAUGGAAUGAUUAAUAUUGAUACAUUUUGUACUUUCUUGAAUAGAAUAGGUAUUACACUUAGUUAGCAUAGAGCAAAUGAAAUUUUUGCAAUAAUCAAAAAGAAAAACAUACUAUCAAGCUAAAAAGAAUAAUUUUUAUUAAGCGAAGAUGAAUUCGAAAGAGCCUUUGAAUAUGUUAAUCUUAAAAAAAUUAGUAUGUCACUUGAGAAGUUAGGAAUAUCUGCUGCUUUGUUGGCAUUAUCUCUAGGCACAUUAGUACUAAUACUAGUUUUAUUAUUUGUGUUCAUAUUUUUAGGAAUAUAAGCAUUCACUUUAGGUGGUACUUUUGGUGCUAUCAUAAAUUCUAUCAUCCCAAUGGCUGCAGCAUCGGCUACAGCUGCAUCAUAAGAUGAUAAAACAUAAAAUUUGAACGAAAAAAGUAUUAAAAAUGUGGUAAAAGAGAUAGAACAGAUUUUAAAUUCAAAAUAGCUUUGA